AAACGGUGCCGGAGUAAGCCGUUCAAAUCUCUCUCUCUCUCUCCAUUUGAUCGGUUUCCUAACCGCUCUCUGUACAUGAAUCUGACGCCAGUCGCCACUCCGAUGUUCUGACCAAAUCGACAUCGGGAAUUCGGAAUUGAAGACAGCUCGUUGAAACUGGAAAGCGCGCGCAUGAAUCAUUGAAUCAUUCCUAGAAACAGUGUAUCAUGGCUCGAACACAUGCAUUCUGAUCUGUGAAUCCACCGGAAGAAGACGAACAAGAGAUGGCCAACGACAGACACGCUACUACCACCACAGCUGAAGAAGAGGCAUUAUUCCUUGAUAUACCGCAUGAGGCUCCUUUGUUUAACCAUCGCAAAACAACUAGCUUAAUUGCCAGUUUUUUGUACUGCAUAUUGUUGGUAGGUUAUGUUGUUUCAGCUGCGGCAGCUCCAUGGAUAUUUCAUUCUGUGCAGCAUUUUAUUUCACCUGUAUUGUGCAGUUGCAGUGUUGCUCUUUUGAUUAUCACAGGCGUGUUUCAACAGUAUUGGGUACAUCAAGUCAAGAAAAUUCGUCUGCAGGGCUAUUAUGUUUUCAGCCAGAAGUUAAAGCAUAUAGUUCGCCUACCUUUUGCAACCACUGCUUAUGCAACUGCUGCUAUUCUACUUGUCAUGGUGUGGAAACCUCUUAUUAGUGUCCUUGCUAUCUCUGUGUUACUCAGGAUCAUUAUGCUUGUUGAAGCAUUAUGUGCUGCUUUCUUUGUGAGUGUCUACAUAGGUUAUAUACACAAAUACAACUCAUUAGAUACUGAACCUGAUGUUCUAAAGUCGUUAUACUCUCCCCUUGAGUCAUCAACUUCAUCGGAAGGUUUGAGGUACCAUGAAAGUGGUAGGCUUGCUGAUCAGCAAAUGGCUCUGCUACAGUAUCAACAGGAAAACCUUCACUUCCUUUGUGAGGAGAUUGUUCGUUUACAAGAAUGCUUAAGCAAAUAUGAAAGAUCUAGUGAUGGAAGCGCGCCUCAGGUUGAUCUUGCUCAUCUUUUAGCAACUCGUGAUCAGGAGCUAAGAACACUUUCUGCUGAGAUGAACCAGCUGCAAUCAGAGCUAACACUAGCUCGAUCACUCAUCUCCGAGAGAGACUCUGAUCUUCAGCGUGUCCACACCACCAAUAAUCAGUAUGUUGAAGAGAAUGAAAGAUUGAGAGCUAUAUUGGCGGAAUGGAGUACUCGAGCAGCUAAGUUGGAGCGAGCAUUCGAAGCUGAGCGAAUUUCAAACUUGGAACUACAGAAGAAACUAUCAACAACACCCCCAUGAAAUAGGCUACCUAAAUGAUCAUUAAUGAGUCGCAACAACACUUAUCCAGGUUCUUUUCGGUACAGAAAUUAGCACGAUUGUACAAAAGCACAAACUAUAAUAGAUAAUAUGCUUAUGUAGGUGGCCUUCUUAAUCUUAUCUGUCCAUUUAAACAACAUACAAAACUAAAAUAUGCAAAUGAAUUUGGCCAAUUUUAGUAAACACUUUACCUAGCUGAAUCUAGGUUUAAGUUAUUAAGUUACCUU